UACCGGAAGUGAGUGAGGGUGCUGAAUCCAAAAUGGCGCUGCCCUGUUAAAAUUCUCGGGGAUUGUCUUGUUGUCAUGAUAUAGCUUGAUUUUGUGUUUGUUCUGAUACAAGUAAUGAAGAAAAAUGAGUGUGAAAGCUUUCGAGUUGGUCCCCGCGAUCGAGCGGAUAAAGUUGAUGUCCGAUAAGGCAAAGACGCAGAUUGAAUGUAUCGAUUUCUGUGGGAAAAAUUUGUACAUCGGAACUAGUGAUUGUUUUGUUGUCCAUUACAUGAUAGAAGAGCGCCAGUCAUCUAGUGGCAAAGUUGUAUUUCAUAAUGAAAAACUCGGUCAUAAGUACCUGGCUUUGAAAAAGCCAGUUGCACAACUGAAGGCAGCGUCAGCUUUAAAUAGAAUCUUGGUCCUGUGUGAUAAUACUUUGACACUACUCAACAUGUUUGAUUUAGAACCAAUCCUGAGUGGAGCUAAGGUAAAAGGAGUGACUUGUUUCUGUUUGAAUGAAACUCCAUCUCGUGGUAGUCCGUUUAGUGUAGAGAUCUGUGUAGCCCUUAAGAAGAAACAGUUACAGUACUACACAGCGACUGAGGAUCGCCUUAUCCAUGUAAAGGACAUCUCCUUGUCGGAGCCGGCUGUGUCCUUGGGUGUGGAUGGAAGCUACAUAUGUGUUGCCACUACCAGCCAGUAUUGUAUGGUCAACUACGAGUCUGGACACAUGCAGGACCUUUUCCCGUUUGACAGUGAAACCAGCAAACCUCUCAUCAGACGCAUCAGCAAGGAGGAGUUCCUGCUGAGUGGACCAAGUGCCCUGGGUAUGUUUGUGACGUCGGCGGGUAUAUCACAGCGACCUCCUCUACAGUGGUCAGAAAACCUCAUGGGAGUGAGCUACAUCCAUCCCUACAUCAUAGCUGUUAAUGAUGAGUUCAUCACGAUACAUAGUAUAUUGGACCAACAGCAAAAGCAAGCCAUACCUUUCCAAGGAGGGUCCUUCAUAGGAAACUUUGAUGGCAAAAUGUUUGUAGCUUCUCAGAAAGAAAUCUACUCCUUGGUUCCUGUGGCAUGGGAAAAACAGGUACAAUCAUUGCUUGCGGACAAGCGAGUUUCAGAGGCCUUAGAUUUAGCACGAAAUGCCAACCGUGUGGGCCUUAGCAAGGAUAAAUUUAGCAAGGUGUUUAGACGAUUUGAGCAGCAGGCAGCCUUUAUAGAGUUUUCCCAGCAGCACUUUGAGGAGGCUCGGGAGCUGUUCAAGGAAGGACAAGUGGACGUCAGAGAGGUGUUGAGUCUAUAUCCUCGACUCUUGCCAUCCAACUGUAAUUUUACAAGGUCUGUGCCCCUCCUUCACGAGAUUGCCGAUGUAAACCAGCUGAGUCGCGGGGACGAGACCGUUAUGAAGGAAUAUCGUAAUUUUCUGAGACUUUACCUGGAGGAGAUACGAGGCACAAAGGAUGCUGUCGGUUAUAAACAGGAAAUAGAUGUUGGUUUACUGAAAUUGUAUGCUGAGGUUAAUUCACCAGAGUUAGUUCCCCUUAUUGCCGUGGAUACAGGCUGUGACCUGAAGGACUGUGUUGAUUGGCUGGAGAAGUAUGAAAGACACCAUGCACUAGCACUUCUCUACAAGGUCCACAAAGAGAAUGACAAGGCCCUAGCCGUGUGGAUGAGACUCAUCAAUGGUGAUAUCAAAGACGAGAAUUUUCUUGGCCUGGAUUUUGUCGCAGAGUUCCUAGCAAAUCUUAGUGACCAUGAACUGGUUUGGAAAUAUGUAGACUCUAUACUGGUCAAGGAUGCACAACUAGGGGUCAGGGUGUUUACAGAGCGGCCUGCUAAGGAGCCCCCGUCCGAGCGUUUACGACCAGAGGCUGUGAUAGACUACCUACAUAGGUUUCCAGAGGCAGUCAUCACAUACCUGGAACAUUUGGUGUUUCAAAAGAAGCUAGAGAAAGAGAAGUACCACACCCACCUUGCAGUGCUUUACCUGGAUGCUGUACUACAGCUUAUGAAAGAGAACAAUGUUAAAAAAGAACAUUUAGAUAUUGCCAGGUCUAAGUUACGGCACAUUCUACAGAUGUCAAAUUUAUAUAGAGUACAGCUCAUCCUCGGCAAGGUCAAACAGACUGAUAUGUAUGCAGAAUGUGCCAUACUGUAUGGAAAGCUAGAGGAACACGACAAGGCCCUGCGUAUACUGGUGCACAAAUUGAAGGAUUAUGGGGCCGCUGAAACCUACUGCCUCGUCAACUCUCAGGGCAAAGAUCCUAGUGUUCGAAAGAGGCUAUUCCAUAUACUGCUGAGUGUGUACCUCGACCCGUCCUAUGAACAAAGAGAUUCUCUGGUCCAGCCGGCUGUGACUCUGCUAAACAGCAAUCUCUCAGAGUUUGAUACUGUUAAGGUGAUCCAGUCUAUACCAGAAAACUGGUCUGUGAGUUUGUUGUCACAAUUUCUGAUGCGUACAGCAAGAAAAAGUAUGAACUCUUGUCGAAAUAUCCGUAUAGAACGGAUGAUGUCUCGAGGAGAAAAUUUACAGGUCACCCAGAAUUCAAUAGAAAUGCAACGUAACUAUGUCACCAUGAAUGACGACAGGAUGUGUGCUAUGUGUAAUCGGGCUUUCGGUGACACCUCUUUCGUGCGAUAUCCCAAUGGAGUUGUGACACACGUACAUUGUGCUAAAAAUAAACAUGUGUGCCCUGUGACGGGUAAACUUUUCAGUACCAAACAAUCCUGAUAGUACUUACGUCAUCACUGAACAAUCCAUAUAGCAAAGUACCAGGAAAAACCUCGCAAUCCACUAGUAUCAAAUUUCAUUAGAUUAUGUAAUUAAUUAUAUGCUUAGUAAAAGGUUUCAAAUUCAAAUCUUUUGGGGAAAAAAGCAGAAAUGUGAUUAUUUUUGUUUAUAUCAUUUGAAGGUUAUCAUUUGAAUGCCUAAACAUGUAUAUUCUAAAUUGCUUUUUUUAAGUGUUCAUCGAGAAGAAGUAUCUCAAAUUUAAAAUUUAGCUAAACAUGUUCUACAAACUAGUGAAAUUUGAUACAAGCGAGUUCCUAAUGUCACCCACAGUCGAGGUCUAAAUCGAGGCCUAAAUGAAAUCAUUGAUAGAAGUUACUCUGCAGGAGAAAUAGUGGUGGCCUCUGUAUCCUCUCCGGCAAGUGAGGCUGGAUUGAUGUGAAAUAGCCAGAGUCGGAAUAAAGUGCAAUAGAUAAGACAGACUCGUUGUUCUGGUUCUGGUCCAAACCAUAGGGGGAAAUAGUUUUGACUGUUAUCUGUAAAGAUAUCAAACUACUGGUGUUUUGCCUGAUCAGUGAAUAUUAAAUGCUUCCUUAGGUUACCUGUAAUCAAGUUUCUGUAAACUGGGACAAACUGCAUGAUGUUGUCUGCGAACCUAUUAUAACUGUAAUAGACAAUAUUUUAUGAGACUAAAUUUGAUUACAUGUCAGCCGUUCAGAGUUUGCUAGGCAAGAGUAAGAAAUGUUGACCAGAUGGUAGUAUACUGUUAUAGAAUGGACACAAACACAAGGGAAAUAGUCGUUUUAUUGUCUCUGAAAGGCAAACUAUUUCCCUGAAGACAAAGGAUGAGGGAAAUAGUUUGUCUUGAAGGGACAAUAAUAUGACUGUAACCUGAAAGCUCAGCCUUUAACUGUUUUUAUCAUACAUAAAAACUCGUCCUGUAGAUUUUGCUUGAGUAGACUUUUCGCUAUUGUUUGUAAACAAGGUGGUCUGCUGCAGGGAGGAAAACCUGGCUGAGGAGAACCAGAAGCAUGUUUUACCUAUGUUCGGAAAUCCAAACAUUAAAUGUCUCAUUACACUGUUACUAAGCACACAGGCGUUUUGAAAAAAAUAGUAUUCCAAGCCACAAGAUGUUCAAAAAACUAAUUGUGAGCCAUAUCUACUUUUAAUUAUUGUCAGCAGUUGUGUUCCGAUCAGUUGAUAUCAAAAUGGGGGGUCAAAGUCCAAUACUAGCUCCGCCCUCCUCUCACCUGAUUGGCUAAGUCCUUGCAGCAUAAUAACAUUGAGCGGGCAGGGCGAUUGGCAUGUAAUAUUACUAUAAUGUAUUGAUUGGUUUGUUAUGAGGGAAGUAGUCAUGAAACUUUAGCCUGGUAAACUGAGCUAUUUCCUUGGAAAAUAACAUGUAUAUCAAUAGCAUUAAUGUUGUAUACGUUUACUUUUAAAGGGACAAAUACAUGAAGGAGAAGUAAUGUAAACUGUUGACUGGCAUGGAAUGAUUUCUUUGUAAUUUUCCUAGGAAGACAGUCAAGAUUUUUAAGUAGAGAUUCAGGUAAUAACUAAAAUUUUAUGAAAUUACAGUGUAACCAUCAGAGCAGGAUUUGACUGGAAUGAAAUAUGCAGGGUCUAGUUUACAGGGGGUCCUGUUUAUGCAGUCAGUGAUUAAGGGCAUCAAUAAUGUGUUUGUAUAUGUAUGUUUAAAUUAAUAUACUUUGAAAUUUAGCGCAGAUGUAAAAACAGAAAAUAAAAAAAAAAUCCUCAA